AGGAAGGGACGGGGCGGCUCCGGGAAGGAUCCCGAGCGCCUGCGCCGCGGACGGUGCCGGAAGGCUGCGGGAGGCGGCCGUAGUGGCGGUGCCGGGCGGGGCGGGGGUCGCGCCGCGGGCCGGGCCAGCAGCAAGAUGCUGCCAACCACAUUGGUUAAUUCUGGGAGCCAGGGCAAUGGUGUGCUGAGCCCCAGAGAUGCUGCGAGGCACACAGCUGGAGCGAAACGCUACAAGUACCUCCGGAGGCUCUUCCACUUCCGACAGAUGGACUUCGAGUUUGCGCUUUGGCAGAUGCUUUACCUGUUCACUUCACCACAGAGGGUUUACAGGAACUUUCACUACAGAAAACAGACAAAGGACCAAUGGGCGAGAGAUGAUCCUGCUUUCCUAGUGCUGCUCAGUAUCUGGCUCUGCGUGUCUACUGUAGGAUUUGGAUUUGUGUUGGACAUGGGCUUCUUUGAAACAAUAAAACUGCUACUUUGGGUUGUAUUCAUAGACUGCGUAGGCGUUGGGCUCCUCAUUGCAACUCUGAUGUGGUUCAUUUCAAAUAAGUACUUAGUGAAGCAGCAGAACAGAGAUUAUGAUGUGGAGUGGGGAUAUGCCUUUGAUGUACAUCUGAAUGCUUUCUACCCUCUUCUAGUCAUCCUGCAUUUUAUCCAGCUGUUCUUCAUCAACUAUGUCAUCAUAUCUGAUUCUGUCAUUGGGUAUUUUGUUGGGAAUACAUUAUGGCUGAUUGCAAUUGGCUAUUACAUCUACGUGACAUUCCUAGGAUACAGUGCAUUGCCCUUUUUGAAGAACACAGCUAUUCUUUUGUAUCCAUUUGCACUUCUCAUCAUGCUCUACUUGAUCUCAUUAGCAUGUGGAUGGAACUUCACCAAGAUGCUUUGUUCCUUUUAUAAAUACAGAGUGAAAUAAAACCAGGACUUCGUGUAUCCAAUGUUUAUUUUGUUUCUACCGUAGCCAUUUUGACAGUAAGGAAAAAAUUAAGAACAUUUUGUAAAUGGUUGUAAAUUUUUCUUUAUUGUAGAUAAUUGUGUAAAAAAGUUUGAAGUGUCCUUUUUUUAUUAAAAUAUUUACAACAGUAAACAUGUUAGCAAUUUUGUUCAAAUACUUUUGCAGUACAUUCCUAAAAACAAGUUACUUGUACAUUUCCGUAGCUUAAAUUUAACUGCAACAAGUCUAUGUAGCAUAACUCUUACUGCAGAUACUUUGCACAGACUGGCAUAAGCUCUACAUUAUGAGGGGUUUAAGUGACACCAAAAAGCAGUUUUCUUGAAGAGUAAUAUUGGAAUACCUUGCCUUGGGACUGUGUGAAAGUACAGAUCUUAAUAGUGUUGCGAUGCUAAAGCAACAACUGUCUCUAGAUACAGAUCUGUCCUCUCCUUGUAUGAAAGGUUUUGAGAACAGAUUUACUUUAGUGACUACUUCAAAUAUACAUGGACAAGUCUGGCACACAGAAGUAACAGUGAUGAAAGGCACAAUUAACAUGACCCAUAUCAGGUUUCCAAAUAUAGCAGCAAGUUUUCAACCCCAUCUCUAGCAGUCCAGUGGGUAUUACUACAUCCACCAUUCUGAGUGGCAGGUCCAUGAACAUGGAAGGAAAGUACAAGUCGGUUUGGCUACAGGGUUGGGCUUAUGGCAAUGCCUGCAGCUGCAAAGUCCACAAGGCAGAAGUAAAACUGGCCAUCACAAACAAUACCUUAUGGAAAGUGAAGUUGACAGUUUUCCAAUGCAGUGUUCAGCAUGAAACAUGAGCACUAGGAUUCAGUUUCCAAAACAACACAAGAGUAAACUGGUUACAGUAAGACAAUUUCAAUACUAGAAUUUGAUCUCUAAGGUAAAACUAUAAUUUAUCUUAAAAUACCAAAUAUGCUGGCAGUGCAUCUUACAGUACUGUGUGUUUCAGCCACUGUUAAGGCUUGAAGAGAUUCAUGUUUCCCUUUCAGCAGAUGCUGAGCAACAUUCUCCUUUAAACAAGGAAAGCACUGAACUACUGAUCCAUGGAAAGUGCAGGAUUCCGGUCAGGAUCUGUCCCUCCCUGGCUCACAGCACAAGCUCCCGUCCUGCAGGCAGCUGCAGCCUAACUGUACAUCUUUUCCCUAACAGGAAUCCUAGCAUCACUGAUCAUCCACUUCAGUUCAACAGUAAAAAUACUUUACAUUUAGUGCCCUGUGGUGUGAUACCAUUGAAGGACACGGGGCCUGUUUACCUUCCCUUUAGAGAGAUCAACAUUUUUUUCCCUUGAAAGAAGGCUUCAUCAUUCUCAAAAUUAAGCUACUUUAACUUUCAGCAGUUCACUGUUUACAGCAUAACUUAGCAAAACCCUUCAGAGACCACUAAGGUCAGGAAGGUGAUACUCAAGUACUAAUUCACCAGGUCUCCAUGGGCUGUGUGUUUUACAUCAGCAAUCAAUGCUAGCCUGAAAACACCAGUUGUUUAAUAGCUUUUUAGCCUUAUGCUGGUGAUUGUAAAGAUGAUUUAAAAACACAAUGACUUUUUUUCCCCCCCUUUCUAGCUAGAGUUACUUAUUCUAACUUUUUCAUAAUACACCAUUCCUAGUAAGAACAAACAUAGAACCUUGGGUUCAUGCAUUUUAGGGGAGCAAGGUUUGGGAAGAUUUCGUUUUUCUUUUACCACCAUGAGACUAAAAGAAUAUUCCAAGUUGGAGGCGAGCUACAAAGUACUAUGAUACUUCAUCUGGAGCAAGUACUUCCAACAAAAUACAAAGAUUACUGAAAUUAUAAUGUAUGUGGGAAAAAAUAAAAUAAAAUAAGGAAACUGGUACACAGUUUCCAAAUUUUUCCAAAGACUAAUCACACUUCAGCUUGUUCACGGAACUGUGUUUCACACAGGCAAAGUAUAAAUUGCUUUGCUCUAAACUGACUCAAGGUAUUUAAAAACUGCUUUGAAACAUCUAGACAAGCAGUGAUAUGACAGAAGACUCCGGUCUUUUCUUGGUCCAUGAAUCACAUCUAUCUGAGUUUUUCUAAGCCAUCUUUAAGUACAGAAAAAAUGAAUAUAUCCAUAGGAAUUUUUUCUAUCAAUGAAAACACACGGUUGAGAUGCCUGCAAAAGCUCAAAGCCUUAUACAGUGCUUUAGAAACACUCUAAUUUUCACAUCCUCUUCACAUUAUUUACAAAGUUUUCAGUAGGAUGACCCACUGAAUGAGCAAAGCAAGAUUAUACUGACAGUCUUGUGUUUCCUUGGUCCCAAGUAAUCCUUAACAGCUCAGAAAAGCAAAUGUUCACAUCAGCCAGUCUGUUUGGCAUCCAGUAUAAGAAGUUCAUUUGCCCAGAUAAUGAAGAUUUCUGGCUAUGCCUUUGGUUUCACAAAAGUUUGCUCUUCUGAAGCUUUAACAGCUUCAGGAGCUAACAGGAGCAUAGGAUAGUGCAGGUUUUUUUAAAACACUUUCCAUUAUUGGAUAUCUCUUAAGAUUCAGCAGCCUUGAGGGGAUUUUUAAGGUCACAACAAAAGUUACUUGAAAUUGAAUGCAUGAAGGAAAAAAAUCUCAAAACAGGUAAUAGGUUUAAGAUGCUGUUUAAGAUCUCUUAUGAUAAGACUGUUCUUACAAUGGAGAUGUGCAGGAGACACUGGCCCACUGGUGUAGACCCAGUCCCAAAGGGUACCCAAGCUAAAGGCUGAUAAGCCAAAUAGCCCAGGUGUUGUUACUUCACCAUACUUCCAGGAAGGAGACUUGUACCACUUUUAGCCUGACUUAGGGAUUGGAAUUUAAAGGUACAAAGCCCAAAAUAGUUGUCUGCAGAAAUAAUCUACCUGAUUACAGCAGUUCUGAAUUUACCUGGAUCUGAAAUAAAAUUUGUAUUAAUGUGGCACAUUUAUCUAGAGAGCAUAUAAGCUCAGGAACAUUGAAAGUAUUCAAGCAGCCCAGAGUAUUUUCAACUCCUGCUACUACAAUGUAAUAAAAAUGCAUCCCACAUUUUACCACGCACUAGUUUAAUUUGUUGUCUCAGAUAAAUUUUUUCUCAACAUUUUUGAAAACUAAAUAUACUACUAACCAAUCUUGCAAUCACUGUACGGGUUCUAUGUAUUCAAAUAUAUUAGCAGUGAUUCAUCUUAACUACUGUGAAACGUCAGGAACAGUGAUGCUUUGAGAAUAAGCACACAGCUUUCUUACAUAAAUAGUACGAGUAAACUUCUGGACUCACAGAAAAUGGAAAAGGUCACUGUCAGCAAAACUAAUUAUAUGAAAAAACCGCAAUAUCGAAUGUAUUUCUGCAGUCUGGAUUAUAAUAAACAACCCUAGUUUAAUUAACUUGCAUCAUUCAUUCAGACACAGCUGAGAAGAAAACCUGAAUAUUUUCUCAGACCUUUGCUAGCUGAUGUGUGAUAAAAAGCCGUUGCAUGUUGGUAAUUUGAUGGCAGGUCAUUAUACAGGAAACAAACAGGGCUGUAGCACCACAAUAAGCUAGAGUCACACAGGAUUCAGAGCCUAGUCACCUACAUUCCUAAAUCCAAGAAUAAUCUUCAUUUGUGUGACCAGUGCUUAGCUUAUGCCCUCAGUGUCUAUGGGCAACACAAGCUUUCCAAGUAACAUUUUAUUUACACCACCUGAUGCAAUCAGAAAAAGUAAACAAGGUCCACUCGGUAUCUAAUUUUUCUUGAACUUACACCAAUCAGUCUAAACUAAAGGUCUUACCUCUGUGUACAAAUCUUGUCUUUCCUAGACAACAUAGCUAAAUCAAAAUGACAACAGUCUGUAGAAGUAGUUAAGUUCUUCAACUUGAAUAUUGCUGAAUUGUGAAAGCUAUGGCACAAUUCUCCAACAAGGCAGAAGACAGGUUGACACUAUAAUCCAGGUUGACACUAUAAUCCAGUGGUGAGGGCUUGCAGUGCUAGAGAGGCAGCUUUAGGCCCCUGCCUAAAGGUUUGUAAGGACAAACCUAUCAGGAAAGGGAGCCCAAAUCUAUCAGCUGAACUUUAUUGGGGAAGUACAAAUUCAAGACCUCUGCCCUAGAUCAGGGAACCUGCAACAGGUUUUGUGCAUCUUUGCCCUGAUCACAAAGACAAUAAAGGUCAUUUCCAAGUAAAGUGAUUCUAUGAUUCUGUGUUGGGGGUAGCAGAGUGUAGUUUUUUCCACAGGGAAAGCUGGCCAGCUUUUGAGAUGCCAGUUCCAGAAGGCUGGUUCACAGCACAACUGAGAAUACCCAAGCCAGUGUGGAUGCCUCCCUCCAAUGUCAAUCAGGCACUUCAUUCCUAUUAAAGGGAGGAAUUCCUCCCUCUCUCCUGGCCAUUUCUGACUAACUGAAUUUUUCCCAUGCAUGAGUCCUUACACAUAAGCACCUAAGUAGAAGGACUCUUAAGAAAAGCAGCAGCAUUAGUACUGCAACAGACAGUUCCACUCUGACUGUAAUCCAGACCACUUUCUGUUCCUGACCGAAUUUCUGAUUCAAGAUCACUGUUGUUUCCCUUGAAAUGAAAAGGCAGGGUACUAACUUGAGGCCAAAUUCAGUUCCAAUUAUAAGGUUAGUGCGAGUUUCCAUACUGAUCCAUAAAGGAGUCAAACGAAGACCUUGUUUUAAGCAAAAGAAUAAAAUAAACUGUAACUAUUCAUUAAUGUAUCCAAAAUAAACACUGCAAUAACAGAACUUUUUGAAAGGAGACC